UUUAUAAGCUUUUCAACAAGUGUUUGACAUUGACCACUACUGCAAACAGUAAACCUUCUUGUCUGAACUCUGAACUCUGUCGAUGGAUCGGAUACAGCACAAGUGUAUCGACGUAAGAGGAGUGAAGCUUCACGUUGCUGAAAUUGGAACAGGUCCAAGAGUGGUAGUAUUUAUUCAUGGGUUCCCAGAGGCAUGGUAUUCAUGGAGGCAUCAAAUGUUGACCUUGGCGGCCGCCGGAUUCCGUACAAUUGCACCUGAUUUAAGAGGAUAUGGAUUAUCUGAACCCCACCCUGAACCUGAAAAGGCAUCUUUCAAUGACUUUGUUGAGGACACGCUUACCAUUCUUGAUUAUUUUCAUAUUGACAAGGCUUUUCUUAUUGGGAAAGAUUUUGGAUCAUGGCCUGCGUAUCUGCUCUCCAUUCUUCAUCCAGAAAGGAUUUCUGGGAUUGUUUCAUUGGGUGUGCCUUUCUUCGUUCCUAAACCUAAUCGAUACCAGGGCCUCCCUGAAGGUUUCUACAUUUUCCGCUGGAAGGAACCUGGAAGAGCUGAGGCCGACUUUGGUCGAUUUGAUGUGAAAACCGUGUGGCGAAGAAUCUAUAUUCUCUUCUCAAGAAGUGAAAUUCCGAUAGCUGACCAGAAUAAGGAGAUUAUGGAUAUGGUGGAUCCAUCUUCUCCUCCCCCGCCAUGGCUAACCAUUGAAGAUCUUGCCAAUUAUGCCAUGUUAUACCAAAAAUCUGGAUUUGAUUCUCCAAUGCGAGUUCCUUAUUACAAGUUAAAGCAUGAGGAUUUCACCGUCAACAAUCCAAAAGUUGAAGUUCCAGUGUUACUAAUAAUGGGUGGCAAAGACUAUUUCAUUAAAUUUCCAGGGAUUGAAGACUACAUUACAAGUGGAGAAGUGAACAAGUAUAUGGAUAAUUUAGAGACAAGAUUCGUCCCAGAUGGAAACCAUUUCAUUCAAGAGCAGCUCCCAGAUCAGGUCAACGAGUUCAUCGUCACCUUCCUUAAUCGCUUGUCUGAUCAAGAUCAAGCAUCUACUAAUGCUUAAAGCUUUUUAAGCUUGUAAUAAAUUGUAUUCUCGCAUUGAUGUUUGAAAUAAUAUAUAACUUUCUUACA